CCCCGGCAGAACCCGCCCAUUCGAAGCUUCAAUUUUCUUUUCCACCUGGGAUUACCAACCAGCAACACUUGGAAAGCUGCCAAAGCUGCCCACCACCACCAACCCGCGCCCUCCGCCCAUCUCUCUAAUUCCCCUUUGUCUUUUGUCAUUUUUUUUUUUGCAAUUCCCCCACGUCCUCUUGUUUCCUUUUGGUUCAGACUUUCACAGACACUACGUACACACAAUGUAUCGCAGCGGCAUGCGUUCGGCGCCCCGCGCCCUGAGCGCCGCCCGACAGUCGGCAAUUCGCGCAGCUCCUAGACGAUUCGCCUCAACAGCACCCGCCGACAAGCCUAGGACGUGGAAGGGCGCGGCAGUGAGAUGGGGUCUCGCCGCUGGUGCUCUGUACUGGUACAACACGAGUCCGGUCUUUGCCGAGGAGCCCAUCCCCCGAACAAUCGCCGCCCCGUCCCAAUUCUCCGAGUCCGACCUCACCACCGUCGACGCCAUUGUCGAAGAGAAGCGCAAGCGAGCCAUCGUAAAGGCCGAGGAGGCCAAGCCCGCCGCCGCCGCUGCCCCCGUACCGACAGAAGCCAGCGAGCACACCAAGGCGGCACUCGAGGGUGAGGGCGCCGAGGGAAGCCCGGCACCCGCCCCCGGAUCCCCUGAGGCAUUGGAGGCCGAGGCCGAUCAGCAGGGUGCUUUCAACCCCGAGACAGGCGAGAUCAACUGGGACUGCCCGUGCCUGGGCGGCAUGGCUGACGGCCCUUGCGGAGAGGAGUUCAAGGCUGCGUUUAGCUGCUUUGUGUAUUCCAAGGAAGAGCCCAAGGGCAUGGACUGCAUUGAGAAGUUCCAGGGAAUGCAGACGUGCUUCAGGAAAUACCCCGAAGUCUACGGCGACGAGCUGGCCGACGACGAAGGCGCCGAUGAGGCCGAUGCCGCGCCCGCCCUCGACGCCAACGCCGAUGCUACGGUCGCGCCGCCUACCAAGGCCAUUGAGGAGAAGAAAGCGGACAACAAGGAGACCAAGAAGGAGACCAAGGCCGACACCCCGGCGCCUGCCCCUGCCCCCAGAGCUGAGAUCAAGGCCGAAUCAGAGGUGGAAGAGAAGAAGAAGCCCGCGCCGGUCGAGAAGCAGGAGAAGAAGCCCAAGGCCCCGGCGGUGCCCUCGCCUGAGCCUGUUGACCUUACUCAGCCCAACAACAAGGCCGUCGAUGCUACUGCGGCGAACAACAUUUAAAUCGAGAGAGAUGAUGCUUUCUGUACCAAUUUUACACAAGUGGCCACCAGGAGGACUGUAGAGUGAAGGAGAAAGAGAAGGAGCAGACGCUUCACAGCGAAGUCGUAGCUGCGGCUGUGACUGCGGAGCGUGGCUAAUGAAACCAUGACGGGGGAAAAUUCAGGCAUAUUUCAUGUACCAUAAUCGUGUACACAGUGUAUCAGUACGGAAGCAAAAAAGACCAAUAGACAUACACUUCUCUGAGG